AUGACGUCCCUUGUGCUGCGCCGCGACCUCUCCCUUGAGGUACCAAAGCUCCUGAUUGGUGCAGUUCAGCCGUACCAGACACUCGCCGGCCCCGCACUCACCACCUCCUUUCUGCAUCACCCAGAACUCCUUCCGUUCCAACGGACGGCCUUCUCGCACGCCGCCGUCCCACCGCUGUACUUCCACACCCUGCUCCACACCCUCGCCGAGUUUGCCGAGACGCCGCGCGCGGUGCAGCAUAGUACAGUGAAGUUACGUCACGCCCCCAAGUCCGACUUCUGGGAGUCUGUCGGCACACUGAAUUGUUUCUACUACUCUGCCCACGCGCCAUACGGGGCACCGAAAGAGGCCUCCGCCUUGGACGCGCAUCCGGCUAUGGGCGCCGUGGAGCUCGUGCGCCCGGGCCACCGCAAGGAGAGCGAUGUUAAGCUGACGCUAUUCAACAGCACCCACCAGCCCAUCGCGUCGAUGCUGAUGACCGGUCCGAAAAGUGCAGCGCUCGAGACUGGCGACGACGUAGUUAAGCGUGGGCAGGGCACCUCUUCCGUCUCUUCCAACGCGCGGACUGCCUUCCCGUAUGCAGCGCCGCCCACUGAGGCGACCGCGCCUGCCUGCGACUGCCUCUCUGCUGUGAUGGUCGGCGGCACACGAGUAUGCGGUGGGCUGUACGGUGACCUGAUGCGGAUGGAGGGCAGUGAAGGCUUCGGGCAGCGCGCCUGCUACAGGAUAGAGAACGCUGCCGUGUCCUCGCUGUCCCCAGAUGCGCAAAGCACGGCGAGUGGCACGGAGGCGGCUGACGACGAAUGCGUCGCCUCGUCGUUGGCACCCACCGUCAUGCCGCCAUGGGUGCUGUACGACUGUGUUCAGCAGUUUUUUUCACGACUGCACAGCAGCGGUGCCUUCGGCCAUGAUGCGGCCAUAGCACAAGCGGUGGGAUGGCGUGUUUCGGCUCAUCACAUCGUGCAAACUGAGGAUGCGGUCUUUGGCGUUCCGGUUGAGGUGGUCUGCGCCGCGCCUCGUGUGUACCCGAGCUAUCGACUGCCACCGUGGCGGCAUCAGCUGGGGCUUCCCGCCGUCCCCAACGGCGCCGCACCGUGCGUCUGUCUGCGCUGCGAGACGCGGCAGGACGGCCACCUUAUUUCCACUGGUGUCUACUACUUCUGCCGGUGGUGA